UUUCGUAACAGGUGGCAGCGCUUUCCAGUCCACCUGAGUGAUCACGCAUGCGCAGCCUGACGCGUCCCCACCUCUCUCUCUCUUUUUCACACACAUGCACGCACGGGCGUGCAUGCGCACACCGCCGGUGUCUGUGUGUCGGUCUGACGAACAUCACACGCUGCAUGUGGUUGCGACCCGGAGUCAAACGGGAUCAGUUCAUCUGGUUUUCCUGUAAAUCUGCUUGUUUUUAACUGGAGGUUUCGCGUAGGAGCGUCGGCGCCGCUGGAGACGUUCCCUCCGCAUCUUCUGACCUUUGACUCUCCAACACGAUGACCCGUCUUCAUCAUCGUCACUACAUACCUCGCCAUGGUCACCCAUCUCUUCGGUGACCGACCUGUCCACCGCCACACGCCCCACCUCCCCUGUCUGCUUUUGUCCAAUCAACUGCAAGGAUGCACGUGAUGGGCAGCAUCUCCCCGGCCAAUGAGAGGGAGGGCUUCUCCAUCCAGGAGGAGGGCGUUGCCGUGCCGACGUCUCCUUCUAGUACAUCAAUAUUUUCUGAUAUUGAAGGCAACCAGACAAGACCAUCUCGCCCUGUUCCCCCUCCUCCUCUUCCUCCUCUUCUUCCUCCUCCUCCUCUCCCACCGCCCUUGCUUCCCGGACUGGGAGACCCCGCGGGAGGAGACCUGAGGAAGAAGGUGAGGCGUUUCUUCUGGAAGACGAUACCAGAGGAGCAGGUGAAGGGGCGGGACAACGUGUGGACUCAGGGCCAAGCUCAGCAGCAUUAUCAGAUUGAUGUCCAGACCGUUGAGGAGCUGUUUGGUCAGAACGACAGCCAAUCAGAUUCCACACCCACCAGGGGAGGGAAGCUCAGGAGCUCAUUCAGAGAAACCAGAGAGGAGGUCUCCAUUCUGGACACCAAGCGAGGGAUGAACAUUGGGAUUUUCCUGAAACAGUUCAAGAGGUCCAAUCAGACAUUAGUAGAUGAUAUUCGCAGUGGGAACAGCGAGCCCUACGGCGCCGAGCCUCUGAGAGAGCUGCUGAAAAUGCUGCCGGAGACGGAGGAGGUGAAGAAGCUGGCGGCGUACCGAGGCGACGUCUCUAAGCUCUCAUUGGCCGAUUCCUUCAUGUACCAACUGAUUCAGCUCCCCAGUUACACAGUUCGUAUCGAGUCCAUGCUGUUGAAGGAGGAGUUUCCUGGGGCGUGCGAGGCCAUAAAACGAGACAUUCACACCCUUCGCUCUGCCACCAGAGAGCUGAUGUGUUGUGAGGAGCUUCAUGCUGUUCUGCACCUGGUGCUGCAGGCUGGAAACAUCCUCAAUGCCGGAGGUUAUGCAGGAAACGCGGUGGGGUUCAAGCUGUCGUCCCUCCUGUCUCUGGCCGACACCAGGGCCAACAAACCGGGCAUGAACCUGCUGCACUUUGUCGCUCUGGAAGUUCAGAAAAAAGGCAAGAAGCUGUUGGAGUUUCCAGUGAAGUUAACUCAUGUUCCGGCUGCAGCCAGGAUCUCACUGGAAAUGCUGGACGGUGAACUACAGUGGAUGAUGACUCGCACACGCUCACUAGAGGACAGCGUCCAGACGGACACUGUGCUGCUGCAGCAACUGGACGACUUCCUGCAGUGUGCCACCUCGUCUCUGUGCUCGUUGCGUGACGAGCGGCAGCAGCUCAAGAAGGAAGGCAGCGAGCUCAUCGACUUCUUCUGUGAGGACAGAGAGACGUUCAGACUGGACGACUGCUUCAGCAUCUUUCACACCUUCUGCUCCAAAUUCACCAACGCUGUCAAGGAGAACAUGGAGAGAGAAGCUAAGGAGGCAGCUCGCUGUCGGCGUGUACAGGAAAUGGAGGAGAAGAAGAGGCACUCAUGGGCCGGAGGCGAGAAGGUGGGUGGAGCCUUCAAGUUACGCUAUGUCGCUGCCACAUCACAACUCAAUGAAGCAGGGCUGCUGAUGGAGCUCCUGACCUUUAACUCCUGCCCUCGGUCAUCUCUAAAUAGCUCCCAGAGUUCUCUGGGGCGAUCGGGGAGUUUACGACGUUUCCGGAACACACCAUCCAGCUCGCCAUUUAUUGCUGCUGAGCGCGAACUGAGUAUGUUCUUGGCGUCCCCUGACCGCAAAGUCAUCCAGAAGAGAGGAAGGGCAGAUGCAAGGACAGUUUUCUCAUCAGCCUCACCUGAAUCUGGGCUUAGAAGUCUUGAGCUCUCCCCUCAGACUGGACCUCAAAGUCCAAGGGUCAGAAUGCUCGGCUUCACCGAAAACCAACAGCCUCAAAUUGACCAGAUGGAACCACAAGCCCCUUCUUCACCUCCCAAGACCUCUUGCAAUCCAAAAAACACAAACUCAGACCAUACAACCACCACUUACCUCAGGUGUGAUGCCACCCAGACUCCAGUAGACACCGUUAAUACCACAGUGAAACCUACCUCUGAUUCAAACCAGCAAUUUGGCCACAACAAUAACAGCAGCAAAGAUCCUCAGUUUGGUAUAUGGGGGGAAACAACUGGAACAAACGAAGCUGAUCAGGACUCCAGUGAUGAGAAGCUUGAACCCAGCACUCCUACUUUGGGCAAAAUGUCUGUGGUUAUAAAGACAUGCACACUAAUUCGUGAGCUGAGAGUGUUCAGCAAUAUCCCUAGUAAAGAGCAUCACACCGGUCAUCAGCAGGACGAUAUGGCAAUCACAGAUGUGGAAGAAGACAGAGUAGACAAAUCCAGAGUGGAGAAGGAGCAGAAUAACCCCCAGACUGGGAAUGCACAAGGAUCUGAGACAUACCCGUCCUCGUCACCAAGAGAAGAAGAGGACAGACAGGAGGAAAAGGUGGUUGUAUGGUGUGUGACAGGUGUUUGUGAAGCAGCUGCCGAAUUCACACAUGCUGACAACACACACACAGAGGCUGAGAAGGAUCAGUGCUGCAGUGACAAUCAGGGAGGAAACCAGCAAGCUUCCUCCUCCCCAGCCCAUUGCACACCAUCAGAACCUCAACCUGCCAAUGAGAAGCCAGUGCCUGUACCCAUAAGCAGCCAACCAGUGCCUGUCUCCCGUUGUGAUGACCUGUCAAUUCAAGGCUCUUCCCACAGGUGGUUCCCAGCAGAGCCUUUAUCAGCCAGUGAAGCGCCUGCUCUCACCACAGAUGCCUCUGAAGAAGAUAAAGAGUCAGCCAGUCAAGGGGGAGAACCAGAGGGCUCGACCAAUGAGAACAGAGAUGUGGAAACGGUCCCAGAAAAAUCCACAGAUAAGAGCAGCAAAAACAAGACUGCCUCUUGUCACACUAAUGGAAAAACAGCUUCUUACACCAAUGCAAAGCCAGAACUGGCAACUUCAACCCAGCCAUCCACCAAGUACCUCCCUAAUUCUAAACCUCAAGCCACCUCAACCCCAAACACCUCCCCGUCCAAUGCCAACAAAUCCAAAUCCGUCCAAACCCUCACCACUUUUGAGAAGGAGGACUUGAGGCGAGUUGUGUCCGUCUCACGAACCAGGCGAGGUACUCCAUCUCUGGAAAAAUGUCCCGAGAAGCCUUCUGGUGUCCGCCGUGGAUCUACACCCACCAGUUUGAACCGUUCCUCCAUCCGACGAGGAGAGAGGCCAUCAACUGCUCCUUCAUCCAGACGCUCCAGCAUCAACAAGACACCAGACCCCAAGGACUCAAAGGUCCAGAAGGUUUCUGGUACUCAGACACCUGCUCGAGAGCAGGGCUUGCAAAGGAAGCCAUCCAUCCGAAAGACCUUAGCUAAACCCAAACCCCAGCCAGAGGAAAGGAUGUGUCGCGCCACACUGCGAGCCCUUGGUCAGGCAGGAGAUGGAGGAGGAGGAGGAGGAGGAGGAGGCAGUGUCAGUGCCCCUGCCACCCCUUUACACAAAGCCACUACCCCUUCAUCACCUCUUCCAGGUUUUGCCCGAAACACCGCUGCCUCUUCUUUCAGAAAGAACCACACCACCCUUAGUCCUCCUCAUUCACCCCACACUGGUUCAUACUCCUCCCCUAAAUCACCCCCAAAGACCACCUCUUCCCCCAUCUCCCCACGUGGCACCUCACCUUUCACCCGAACAGGGUCACAAAGAAUGUCAGGAACAUCCAGAUUAUCAGAUGUCCUCAGCCGAACCCCAGUGAAGAUGUCUCCAAACAUCAGGUCACCUCCUUGCUCACCGCUGCACGACUCGCUGACUCCCCCUAAAGCCCCCAGGCAGAAUGACAGUGGCAGCUUCCCUGAAAAGUCAGCUCACUCUAGGGACUUGGAUAAAGGAACCAGACCAAGCUGGAGGUAACAGGAGAAACCAGAGGUAGAGCAGAGUCUAUUACUCCUUUCUUCUUUACUGGAGCUAAAAGAGAAAUCGGAAGAUGUUUAAACACGAAAUAUAGACACUGC